AUGACUGGAUACCAGUGCAGAUGUGAGCAGAGCUUUGCUUGGUCGUUUAACAACUGCAUCACCCACGGAGCCUGUGACGCCAUCGUCGGUGACACAUGUGGAUGCAUUAAUGCACUUCCAGCUGACGGCCGGUACUGUCAGCCAAACACCAGUCAAACAGAGCCGACACCAUCACCGACACCACCAAACGACCCGGUGGACAUUGAUUUAGUCCUUGAGCUGCGUGUUCCUGUCUCCAGUGUGCCAUCAGGAUUCAUUGAUCUGUUCAGGCAAAUUGUGAACCGUUUCCUGUUGCCCUUCCCCAUCACACAGUCUUUAAAAGUAGUGGGCUUAAAUUUCACCACAGGGUGCUCCCCAGACUCCACCGGAGGACUGCAGUGUGGGUGUGAAGAGAACUUUGCUUGGUCAUGUGACACGUGUAACAACUUCAGUGUGUGCAGCAACGUCACUGGACCAACCUGUGGCUGCAUAAAUGGACUUCCUUCUGAUGGACAGUUCUGUCAACCAAUCACAGAUGUGGUUCCAUGUCCAACCUCACCUCCAGACCCGGUGGACAUUGAUUUAGUCCUUGAGCUGCGUGUUCCUGUCUCCAGUGUGCCAUCAGGAUUCAUUGAUCUGUUCAGGCAAAUUGUGAACCGUUUCCUGUUGCCCUUCCCCAUCACACAGUCUUUAAAAGUAGUGGGCUUAAAUUUCACCACAGGGUGCUCCCCAAACUCCACCGGAGGACUGCAGUGUGGGUGUGAAGAGAACUUUGCUUGGUCAUGUGACACGUGUAACAACUUCAGUGUGUGCAGCAACGUCACUGGACCAACCUGUGGCUGCAUAAAUGGACUUCCUUCUGAUGGACAGUUCUGUCAACCAAUCACAGAUGUGGUUCCAUGUCCAACCUCACCUCCAGACCCGGUGGACAUUGAUUUAGUCCUUGAGCUGCGUGUUCCUGUCUCCAGUGUGCCAUCAGGAUUCAUUGAUCUGUUCAGGCAAAUUGUGAACCGUUUCCUGUUGCCCUUCCCCAUCACACAGUCUUUAAAAGUAGUGGGCUUAAAUUUCACCACAGGGUGCUCCCCAAACUCCACCGGAGGACUGCAGUGUGGGUGUGAAGAGAACUUUGCUUGGUCAUGUGACACGUGUAACAACUUCAGUGUGUGCAGCAACGUCACUGGACCAACCUGUGGCUGCAUAAAUGGACUUCCUUCUGAUGGACAGUUCUGUCAACCAAUCACAGAUGUGGUUCCAUGUCCAACCUCACCUCCAGACCCGGUGGACAUUGAUUUAGUCCUUGAGCUGCGUGUUCCUGUCUCCAGUGUGCCAUCAGGAUUCAUUGAUCUGUUCAGGCAAAUUGUGAACCGUUUCCUGUUGCCCUUCCCCAUCACACAGUCUUUAAAAGUAGUGGGCUUAAAUUUCACCACAGGGUGCUCCCCAAACUCCACCGGAGGACUGCAGUGUGGGUGUGAAGAGAACUUUGCUUGGUCAUGUGACACGUGUAACAACUUCAGUGUGUGCAGCAACGUCACUGGACCAACCUGUGGCUGCAUAAAUGGACUUCCUUCUGAUGGACAGUUCUGUCAACCAAUCACAGAUGUGGUUCCAUGUCCAACCUCACCUCCAGGUAUGUAG